AAUAACAAUGUCGAAAUUUACUGCAACGGAUAUUAUUAAUGAAACAUGUUUAAAAUUAAUGUACCAUAACCGUAAUGAAACAAGGUCGAAUUUGCCCUUUCAAAUAGCUCUAUACAUAAAUGCAUGGUUGUUUCCACUUUGGCUAUUGUCUAUUAUUAUAAACUUGAAUGCAAAAUAUGACAGUUUAACAAAUGUUUAUAGACUGAUAAUUGUAGCUGUUUUUCUGAUACUUUCAAUUUCUGGAAGUUUAAAAUUAUAUUUGGGAUAUAUAGGGAAUCUGGCUGGAAAGAUUCCAGAAUUGGCUAGUUGUUGGUUAAUCUCGAUAUUAAUACAGCUUCCAUUGGUGAUGUUCCUUCUUCUGGAUCAUGGGUUAUUGUCUCACAGUAGCGAAACAUUUAUUAAUUCUGUCAUGGUUUGCCUUCUUCUUGUCGAAGUCAUCACAGGUACGAUUGCUUUAACAAAUUUGGCAAAUUGUCGUGCUAAAACAUUUUACUUGAUGCAUGUUUACAAUUGA